UAACAACCUACACGUAACCGGUGAUAAGCUGUGUGAAGCCUCUUCCCGCGCGGUGGAGCGACCCGCCAGUCUCCUGGCACCACUGCCUUCGCGGGCGUCAGAAUCAAAACACUCAGGUUCCACCAACACUAAGCCCACGGGGUUCGGGCCACGUCGGCCUCGGGGCGCACCCAGCGAGGGCGGGCUCUGCCUGACACACAACCUUCGCCCGCCGACAGCCCCGAGGGCCCCGCCGCCGCGCGACCUGGAGCGCGACCUCGCGCUCCGCUGGGGGCAGCGGCCCCAGUCGACCUCGCUGGGUCUUCCGCGAUCCCACGCUCCCUUGCGCUAAGGACACGUCCGCCGGCUCCGCAGGGCCCUUCUAGGCCUCCGCGGCACCUCUCUAUGGUCCGUUGCCGCGUUGCGAGUGGCUGUCAUGGCGGCCGGCGUCGAGUUGGCAGGAGUUGCUCACAGAACUGGGGCGAGUCAUUGAAGCAGAGGAAGAGGAGGCCCAGCUGAACGGCGGGAAGUCGCGGGGAUGAGCCGAGGCCCCGCGGGGGUGACCGUGUGACCGGAGGCGGGCCCCCGGAAAAGGCCCAGGCCGGGCUCCGCGUUUCUAUGCGGAACGGGACUUUGGUGGGAGCCCCGAAACCCGCGUUGCCUAGGAACCCCGCCCGGUGUCAUCGCGUCCUGAGGGUGAUUUUGGAGCGAAGGCAGCCGCUCGAGGACGUUCGGCGGAGGGGUCGUCGGACGGCGCUGAACGCGCUUUCCCAGAGCGGAGCGGAGCGGAUCGGGUCGUUCUCUAACCCGCGACGAUGUCGUCCUGGUUGGGGGGCCUCGGCUCCGGCUUGGGCCAGUCGCUGGGUCAGGUCGGGGGCAGCCUGGCUUCCCUCACGGGCCAGAUUUCAAACUUUACGAAGGACAUGCUGAUGGAGGGCGCGGAGGAAGUGGAAGCAGAAUUACCUAAUUCUAGGAGAGAGGAAAUUGAAGCCAUUCAUGCAAUCUUAAGAUCAGAGAAUGAAAGACUAAAGAAACUUUGUUCUGAUCUAGAAGAAAAGCAUGAAGCUUCUGAGCUUCAAAUAAAGCACCAAUCUACCAGUUAUCGAAAUGAACUGCAACAGAAAGAGGUGGAAAUCAGCCAUCUUAAAGCAAGACAGAUUGCACUACAGGAUCAGUUGCUAAAGUUGCAGUCUGCUGCUCAGUCUGUAAAUUCAGGAGCUGGCAGUGUGCCCACAACCACUGCAUCAUCAUCAUCAUCAUUCAAUUAUGGUAUCAGCCAUCAUGCUGCAGCUUUCCACGAUGAUGACAUGGACUUUGGUGAUGUAAUUUCAUCACAACAAGAAAUAAACAGAUUGUCAAAUGAAAUUUCAAGGCUUGAAUCUGAAGUUGCACAUUGGAGGCAUAUUGCUCAGAUUUCUAAAGCACAAGGAUCAAACAGCUCUGAUCAAAGUGAAAUUUGCAAACUGCAAAAUAUCAUUAAGGAACUUAAACAGAACCGAAGUCAGGAAAUUGAUGAUCAUCAACAUGAAAUGUCAGUAUUACAGAAUGCACAUCAACAGAAAUUGGCAGAAAUAACUCGUCGGCAUCGAGAAGAGUUAAGUGAAUAUGAAGAACGAAUUGAAGAACUGGAAAAUCUGUUACAACAAGGAGGCUCAGGAAUUGGAGUAACUGAUUACCCUAAAAUCCAUGAGAUGCAAAGAACUAUUCAAGUUCUACAAACUGAAAAAGUAGAGUCUACAAAAAAAGUGGAAGAACUUGAGGAUCAGAUAAAAGAUAUAAGCAGAAAAUUAUUGUCUUCAGAAAAUGACAGAGAAGUUUUGAGGAAGGAACAAGAACGACUAAACGUGGAAAACAGGCAAAUAAGUAAAGAAUGUGAAAACUUGAAACUGGAAUGUAGUAAAUUGCAGCCUUAUGCUAUGAAGCAGAGUGACACUGUGAAGGAAGGGGAAAGCAUUCUUCCACAGAGCACAUCACUGGAAGAAGAGGUGUUCAGACUACAGCAAGCACUGUCUGAUGCUGAAAGUGAAAUAACGAGACUGAGUCAUUUAAACCAGGAUAAUCUCACUGAAGAUAAUCUGGAACUUAAAAUGCGUGUUCAAGUUUUAGAAAAAGAGAAUUCAUUAUUGAGUCAAGAAAAGGAAGAACUUCACAUAUCACUUUUAAAAUUAAACAAUGAAUAUGAAGAAAUUAAAAGUACAACUGUGAGAGACAUGGAUUUGGAUUCAAAAUUACAUGACUUAAGACUUAAUUUGGAGGCAAAGGAACAAGAACUCAAUCAGAGUAUUACUGAAAAGGAAGUACUGAUAGCUGAGUUAGAAGAACUGGAUAAGCAGAACCAAGAAGCUACAAAGCACAUGAUUUUGAUAAAAGAUCAGCUAUCAAAACAGCAAAAUGAGGGAGAUAGCAUCAUCAAUAAACUUAAAAUAGAUCUAAAUGAUGAAAAAAAGAGAGUUCAUCAACUUGAAGAUGAUAAAAUGAACAUUACUAAAGAGUUAGAGAUGCAGAAAGAAAAAUUAAUUCAAAGUGAACUGGUCCUAAAUGACUUGCAUUUAACCAAGCAGGAGCUAGAGGAUAAAAUAGAAGAUUUAGUAGAUCAACUAAAUAAAUCACAAAACAAUAAUUUAAAUAUCCAGAAGGAGAACUUUGAGCUUAAGGAACAUAUUAAACAAAAGGAGGAGGAACUUUCUAGAGUCAGGUGUGAAUUAACUCAGCCUCUUAAUCAAGACUCUAACAGCAAUUUUAAGGAUGACUUACUUAAAGAAAGAGAAGCUGACAUCAGAAACUUAAAGCAAAAUCUUUCAGAAGUAGAACAGCUCAAUGAAAAUUUAAAGAAAGUUUCUUUUGAUCUCAAAAUGGAAAAUGAAAAGUUGGUUUUAGCAUGUGAAGAUUUAAGACAUCAGUUGGAAGAAUCUAUUGCUGGUAACAAUCAGAUUUCUCUGGAAAGAAACACAGUUUUGGAGACUCUAAAAACGGAAAAAGGACAGUUAGAAGCAGAAUUGUGUCGGGCUGAAAAGAGGCUGUUGGAAGAAGCAAACAAGUAUGAGCAGACCAUUGAAGAACUGUCAGAUGCGCGGAACUUGAGUGCCUCUGCUUUACAGCUGGAACAUGAGCGCUUAAUUAAGCUCAGUCAAGAGAAAGACUUGGAAAUAGCAGAACUCAAAAAGAAUAUUGAGCAGAUAGACAUUGAUCAUACCGAGACUAAGAACAUUUUGUCAUCUAGUUUAGAAGAGAGGAAGCAAUUAACACAACUUAUAAAUGAGAAAGAAGUUUUUAUUGAAAGACUUAAAGACAGAAGUUCAGAGCUCCAGGAGGAGUUAGAUAAAUAUACUGAAGCCUUAAGAAAAAAUGAAAUUUUGAAGCAAACCAUAGAGGAGAAAGACAGACAUCUUGGAUCCAUGAAAGAAGAAAACAAUCACCUAAAAGAAGAACUGGAACGACUCCGGGAACAGCAGAGUCGAGCUGCACCUGUGGCUGAGCCUAAAACCCUUGAUUGUAUUACAGAACUAGAAUCUGAGGUAUCUCAACUGAAUAUUAUAAAGGAUAACCUUGAAGAGGAAAUAAAACACCACCGAAAGAUAAUUGAAGAUCAAAACCAGAGUAAAAUACAACUACUUCAGUCUUUACAGGAGCAUAAGAAGGAAAUGGAUGAGUUUAAAUACCAGCAUGAGCAAAUGAAUGUCACGCACACCCAACUCUUAUUAAAGAAAGAUGAGGAAAUUAAGACUUUGCAAAAAACAAUUGAAGAAAUCAAAACCCAGUUGCAUGAAGAAAGGCAGGGUAUUCAAACAGAUAAUUCUAAUAUUUUUCAAGAAACAAAAGUUCAGAGCCUUAACAUAGAAAACGGAAGUGAAAAGCAUGAUUUAUCUAAGGCUGAAACCGAAAGGUUAGUAAAAGGAAUAAAAGAACGGGAAUUAGAGAUUAAACUUCUAAAUGAAAAGAAUCUAUCUUUAACUAAACAGAUUGAUCAGCUGUCCAAGGAUGAGGUUGGAAAGCUAACUCGGAUUAUCCAGCAGAAAGAUUUGGAGAUUCAGGCUCUCCACGCUAGAGUUUCUUCCGUUUCCUACAGUCAGGAUAUUGUUUACCUUCAACAGCAGCUGCAGGCCUUUGCUAUGGAAAGAGAACAAGUAUUAGCUGUUUUGAAUGAGAAGACUAGGGAAAACAGCCAACUGAAAACAGAAUAUCACAAAAUGAUGGAUAUAGUUGCUGCCAAAGAAGCAGCCCUCCUUAAGCUGCAAGAUGAAAAUAAGAAAAUGUCCACUCAAUUUGAAGGUGCUGGCCAAGAAAUGUUUCGAGAAACUGUUCAGAAUUUAUCUCGUAUCAUUCGAGAAAAAGACAUUGAAAUAGAUGCAUUAAGUCAGAAAUGUCAGACCUUAUUGACAGUUUUACAAACAUCCAGCACCAGUGAUGAGGUUGGAGGUGUUAAUAGUAAUCAGUUUGAGGAGCUUCUACAGGAACGUGAUAAGUUAAAACAACAAGUCAAGAAAAUGGAAGAGUGGAAACAGCAGGUGAUGACCACAGUACAGAAUAUGCAACACGAAUCAGCCCAGCUUCAGGAAGAACUUCAUCAGCUUCAGGCACAAGUGUUGGUUGACAGUGAUAACAAUUCUAAGUUACAAGUGGACUAUACUGGCCUGAUCCAAAGCUAUGAGCAGAAUGAAACCAAACUCAAAUUUUUUGGGCACGAAUUAGCACAAGUUCAGCAUAGCAUAGGGCAGCUUUGCAACACCAAAGAUCUCCUUUUAGGAAAACUUGAUAUUAUCUCACCUCAGUUCUCUUCUGCAUCAUCUCUCACCUCCCAGUCUGCAGAGUCUCUUAAAACAACUAAGUCUGAAACAUUAAGUGAAGCUUCUCAGCACGAGAUAGAUGAGCUAAGAAAGUUGCUGCAGGAAAAGGAUGCAGCAAUUAGAACUCUCCAGGAAAAUAAUCACAGACUCUCUAAUUCAAUUGCUGCCACCUCAGAGCUAGAAAAAAAAGAACACGAACAAACGGAUUCAGAAAUUAAACAGCUGAAGGAGAAACAAGAUGUUUUGCAAAAGUCACUUAAAGAGAAAGACCUCUUAAUUAAAGCGAAAAGUGAUCAGUUACUUUCUGUAAAUGAAAAUUUCACAAACAAGGUGAAUGAAAAUGAACUUUUAAGGCAGGCAGUAACAAACCUGAAGGAGAGAACAUUAAGUUUAGAAAUGGACAUUUGUAAAUUAAAAGAGGAAAAUGAAAAAAUAGUAGAAAAAACCAGGGAAAAGGAAACAGAAUAUCAAGCAUUACAAGAGACUAAUAUGAAGUUUUCUAUGAUGCUGCAAGAAAAAGAGUUUGAGUGCCACUCAAUGAAGGAGAAGGCUCUUGCUUUUGAGCAGCUACUGAAAGAAAAAGAGGGCGAGACGGGAGAGUUAAAUCAGCUUUUAAAUACAGUUAAGUCAAUGCAGGAGAAGACGGUUACAUUCCAGCAGGAGAGAGAUCAAGUCAUGUUGGCCCUGAAGCAGAAACAAAUGGAAAACACUGCUGUGCAGAAUGAGGUUCAACAUUUACGUGACAAAGAAUUACGCUUAAACCAGGAACUAGAGAGAUUGCGUAACCAUCUUUUAGAAACAGAAGAUUCUUAUACCCGUGAAGCUUUGGCUGCAGAAGAUAGAGAGGCUAAUCUAAGAAAGAAAGUCACAGCAUUGGAGGAGAAGCUAGCUUCAUCCUCUAGUGCAAUGGAAAAUGCAAGCCAUCAAGCCAAUUUGCAGGUAGAGUCAUUGCAGGAACAACUGAAUGUAGUCUCCAAGCAAAGGGAUGAGACUGCCCUGCAGCUUUCUGUGUCUCGGGAGCAAGUAAAGCAGUAUGCUCUGUCACUGUCCAACCUGCAGAUGGUACUAGAGCAUUUCCAGCAAGAGGAAAAAGCCAUGUAUUCUGCUGAACUAGAAAAGCACAAACAGCUUGGAGCUGAAUGGAAGAAAAAGGCAGAAAAUCUGGAAGGAAAACUGAUGUCAGUACAGGUUGGUUGAAAUAAUUUCCCUUGUAAAUAUUAUUUUUAAUG